CCAACCCUGUUACCAAUGUCAACCUUCACUUACACAGUGAAGAACCUUAUAGUCGUUUCAUCACAACAGAGUUUUAUACGGAACUCCUUGAUCUCAAACAUUGAUUUCACAUCUGUUCAUAUCUAUCCUGAUCUCUGGUUUCAUGAGCAGGUAUUUGAAGACUACAUGAAAUUUGUGUCAAAGUGGAUGCUUUCUCACAUUGAAGAUGGUGAUAAGGUACUGAACAAGCCGGUUGUGUUCUCUGAAUUUGGAUUGUCAGACAUAAAUUUUACAAUGUCGGAGAGAAAAACAAUGUACAAAACAAUUUUAGACAUAUCGUACAAAUCUGCUAAGAAAAACAGGUCUGGAGGUGGAUGUAUGGUUUGGCAAUUCUUGGUUGGAGGAAUGCAGGAGUUUAGUGAUGAUUUUGGAAUCAUUCCUUGGGAAAAGACAUCAAUUCCUUCACUGUUCAUUGAACAAUCAUGCAGAUUGGCGAAGGUGAAGGAGUGGCCGCAUAAGGACAAAAGUUUCAAACAAUUUAGAAAAAAGUGUGGAAAUAAAAUCCCUUGAUUUAUGGGUUGUUUUGUGCUUUAAGAAUAGUUCUGUAGAAUAUGGUUCUGUUUUCAUGACCAAUGGUGUAGUUGCUUAGUGGCGUAUAUAUAGUGUGGUAACACAUAGAUUAGAUAUUACUCUAUAAACACUUUUCAAAGCUUGUAAUCCUCAUCAACAAAAUCAACCAUCNAUUGUUUUUAAUAUUUGAGGCAAUUUUUUUUUUAAC